AUGGUCGUAGAAUCUAUAGCCAUCAUUGCUGUUAUUGCUGGUGCUAUUGCUGUUGCAACUAGUACGUUAGGUGCAUUAGCAAUUUUUGCUUCGCCUUCAAUCUCAUCUUCAAGAGACAAAUAUAUAGUAAAUGAUACAGAAUAUCAUGACCGUUUACGAGCCAAUUAUGAUCAAGUAUAUACGUUUAACACUCCUGGUGCUUACCGACGAUCCUUCUCAAGAUCAUCAGUUACUAUGUGA